UUCACUUUUUCUCACUGUCUCACUGUCUUUCUCUCUCUCUAAACCUUAUGCACCAAGACUCCCGAAUCGACCAUCGUUUUUCUUCAGUCUCUAUUUCCAUUACUCGUUCUUUCCUUCUCUGUCUCUGUCGUCAUGAUUCCCGCCAAUCUAUAUCUUCCGUUUUGGAGGCUUUAAACCCUGAUUUAUUCCCUCCGUCUUUCUCUCUAUUAACACUUUAGGAGAAUAUAAGAGGAACGAGGGUUCGGAUUUAUGUCCCUCAAUCAAUCAAGGUCUGAGAAGAACGAGUCCCAGUUUAAGAAAUCUAGUCGAUCCGGGAGCUCUGGUCAGCAGAGGAGUUUCCCAGGAGGCGGCGGGAGAGGCGGCGGUGGGACCGCCCCUCCACCAUCUUUUUCUUCUACUAACUCGUCUUCUUCGUCUAACCGAAGCUUUAAGAAGUCUGGUAAUAAUGCACAAGGUGGGCAAUCUAGGGUGAGCACAGUAAGUGUGAAUUCGGAGUUGAAUGCUUCUGCUAAAAGUGCUUUACAGAAUGGUGCCCAUGCACAGCCCCCGUUACAAGGAGUGUCUGAUGCACAGGCUCUGGGAGUUGCAUCCAAGCCAACUGAUUCAGCCACUUCUAGAAGUAACAGACCAGUUCCAAAAGCUCCAGCAUCCCAAUCAGCUGCCGCAGCAUCAGAUUCGGCUGCCCCCGCAACACCUGCGAAAGGUGAUGCGUCAAGGGCAUUCCCUCUGCAGUUUGGAAGCUUCAGUCCUGGUUUUGUGAAUGGCAUGCAGAUACCUGCACGAACAAGCUCAGCGCCUCCAAAUUUGGAUGAGCAGAAACGUGACCAGGUGCGCCAUGAUUCUUUUAAAGCUGUGCCUACUUUGCCUAUACCUGCCACGCCAAAGCAGCAACAAUCAAGGAAGGAUGUGGGUACUGGUAACCAAGCAAAUUCUAGGGAUUCCCACCCGCCAUCCCAGGCUAAAAGGGAUGUUCAUGCCCAGGUUCCAUUGGGACCUGCCCCCCCAGCGACACAGAAGUUGUCUGUUCAUCCUACAGCUGGGAUGCCAAUGCCAUUUCAGCAGCCACAGGUUUCUGUACAAUUUGGUGCCCCCAAUGCACAUAUUCAGUCUCAGGCUCCCACUUCACUUCAAAUGCCAAUGCAGUUGCCAGUGGGAAGUACUACUCAAGUCCAGCAGCAGGUGUUUGUCCCAAGUCUCCAAUCCCACCCAGGGAUUAUGCAUCAGGGACAGAGCAUGAGCUUCACACCCCAAAUGGGUCAUCAGCUUCCUCCUCAGUUGCAAAAUCUAGGAAUUGGGAUUGCCCCCCAGUUCACACAACAGCAAGGUGGAAAGCUUGCUGGUUCUCGCAAACCUGUUAAAAUAACUCAUCCUGAGACCCAUGAAGAGUUGAGUUUUGAUUCAUAUUUGGAUGGUGGUUCAUUGGGUCCAAGAUCUCAUCCUAAUUUGCCGCCACAAUCCCAGCCGAUUCCAUCAUUUGCUCCUUCUCAUCAGAUGAACUACUAUUCCCCCAUGCAAGCGGGUUCUUAUAACCCUUCUUCCAUCUAUUUUCAUGGUCAAACUUCUCUUCCCCUGGCAAGUAACCAGAUGACUCCUGGUUCUCAAGCAGCUAGGUAUAAUUAUCCAGGUGGCCAGGGUCCACCAACUGUUCCAUUUGUGAAUCUGUCCUCUCUUAACCCCAUGACUACCAAGGUCGGACCUCCAGUACAUGGUGUCACUGAGAUGUUAAACUCAGAACAUGCUAACGAUGCUCAUACAGUGAUAUCUUCUGCCCCACCAACUUCAGUGCAGGUGACACCGAAGCCAUCUUCUGGUUCAAUCGUAGAAAAGGUUGGCUCCUCUUCAGUUUCAAUUACUUCACCUGUUGUGAGCAAGGUUGAAUCAUCUAAAUUAUUAAGGCCACCCGCGGAAGCUAGCUCACAUGUUGCACAGAAGGACUCAGAUGUGGUUGGUGAUAUCUCUGUCCAACCAUCAGGUUCUGUCUCUUUGCCUGGCACAAUUAAACAGUUCGCUACAUCUGUUGCAACAGUGCAGAGGCCAGCAACCCUCAGUAGUACUACAUCUGCGCUUGCUGGCCCUCCUGAGGAUUUAGUAUAUACUACAUCCAACACUGAAGGCCAAAGAAGAGAAUCUAUCAGAAGAUCUGAUUCUAUUAAGGAUCAUCAGAAGAAGUCUAGUAAGAAAGACCAACGACAUUCACAACUGCAGAACCAGGCUGAUGCCACUGAAUCUACUGGUUUUGUGAAGUCGUCUUCAUUUAGGAUAUCAACAGAAGUUGGUAAACACCCUGAUAUGAUGCAAUCUCCUCAUUCAGAGGUUGUUGGGUCAUCAACUUCUAUCUUGAGCUUGACAUCUCGGGGUUUGGAACAUAGUAGUUCCUCGAAUGAUGGAAUAUCAGAAACUGUUGAAGGUAAGUCAACUUCUGCUCCAUCAGAAGCCUCAGGAAGUGCCUUAGAAUUUAUUCCGGAACAUGUGUUGGGUGUUGAUACCAGCACUACCGAUUGUUCUGAAGUAUUGACAGAUACUGUUAGGAUUGGGGAGGUGUCUACCUGUGAACCAUCAAGCACAUCUUUUGCUGGAACUGUCUCUGAUAAUUUGGAUGCUGCUGAUAAUGCAAAACAAGAUGGUUAUGCUGUGCGGAAACAAUGGAAAACUGAAUUAUCUGAAUGGCCCCAACAAGGUAUUUAUAAUGUUGAGAUGCCUGCAGGACCCUCUUUUUCUGGCUAUGCAGAAGGCUGUAAACAAUUUCAGGAUGAAGACUUCAAGGAGAAAGAAAACAUUGUUCGUGCCAAGGAGUUUGGGUCUGUUAAAACUGAACAGGAGUUUGAAGAAGAUCUGGGUUCCAUCUUAGAGAUCAGCAGGACAACUGAUAACUUAGUAAAGUCUGCUACAACAUCUUCUGAUUCUGUUGCUGCUGAAACCCUAUCAUGUGGCAUUCUUUCCCCCAAGGUUUCUCAUGAAGAUAAUACUUCAUCCAUGGAUGCAUCCACUGGAACGGGUGAGAGCAUUGAUAAUCAAGAACCAUUCGUUACGGAAUCUGGUGCCUCACAUCAGGAGGUAGCUACUGGUCCAACUCAAGUCGAGGGGAGAAGCAUAGAGAAUACUAAUGGUGGGCUAAUUUCCAAUUCUUUGUCAGCUUCCAAGGACAAGAACUUGGAACCAAAUAGGGCAAAGACUACAUCUUCAAGGGUGAAGAAGAAGAUGAAAGAUAUUCUUAAAAAUGCAGAUGCUGCUGGAGCAACUUCUGAUCUUUAUAAUGCGUACAAGGGUCCAGAAGAAAAGCAAGAAACUGCAGUUCGUCAAGAAAGUAUAGACAGCAGCUCCAGUGGUGAUAUAAAACAGGCACCCAUGGUCAAUACUGAGAAGAGUGUUCUCGUGAAUGAUGAAGAUGGGCAGAUUAAAGCGGAACCAGAUGAUUGGGAAGAUGCAGCUGAUGUAUCGACUCCAAAGCUGAAAACAUCAGAUAUUGGAAAACAAGUUCGUGGUGUUUUGGUCAAUCCCGAUGAAGAUAGAAAUGGAGUGAUGGGCAAAAAGAAGUACUCUAGAGAUUUUCUGCUGACAUUUUCAGAGCAAUGUACUGAUCUUCCCGCAGGUUUUGAAAUUCGAUCUGACAUAGCAGAUCCCCUGAUGAGUGGUCCAGUCAGUGUACGCCAUAUUGUUGAUCGUGAUUCAUAUUCCCCUGGUGGUAGAAUUAUAGAUAGGCCAAGUGGGGGUUCUCGGGCUGACCGCCGUGGGAGUGGUAUUGCAGAUGAUGACAAAUGGAGCAAAUCACCUGGUCCUUUCCCUUCAGGACGAGACCCACGUCUUGAGAUCCCACAUGGAGGUCCUGUUGUAGGUUUUCGUCCUGGUCAAGGUGGAAAUCAUGGUGUUCUGAGGAAUCCACGUGGGCAACCUUCUCCCCAAUAUGUGGGUGGCAUUCUCUCUGGACCAAUGCAGUCCCUUGCACCUCAGGGAGGGAUUCAGCGAAAUAACACUGAUGCCGGACGGUGGCAACGUGCUACUGGCAUUCAGAAAGGUUUGAUUCCGUCACCUCAGACUCCUUUACAGAUGAUGCACAAAGCUGAGAAGAAGUAUGUUGUGGGUAAAGCUUCUGAUGAGGAAGAGCGCAAACAAAGACAGCUGAAAGCUAUCCUCAAUAAGCUUACUCCUCAAAACUUUGACAAGCUUUUUGAACAAGUUAAAGAAGUCAACAUUGACAAUGCGGUUACUCUCACUGGUGUCAUCUCACAAAUUUUUGAUAAAGCUCUCACGGAACCAACUUUCUGUGAAAUGUAUGCAAGGUUCUGUUUACAUCUUGCCAGUGAAUUGCCUGAUUUUAAUGAGGACAACGAGAAGAUCACCUUUAAGAGAUUGCUUUUGAAUAAGUGCCAGGAGGAAUUUGAGAGGGGGGAAAGGGAGCAAGCAGAAGCUAACAGAGAUGAUGAAGGCAGUGAAGUUAAAAUGUCUGAAGGGGAAAGGGAGGAGAAGAAGACCCAGGCAAGAAGGCGGAUGCUGGGUAAUAUUAGAUUGAUUGGGGAAUUGUACAAAAAGAGGAUGUUGACUGAGAGAAUAAUGCAUGAAUGCAUAAAGAAGCUGCUGGGUUAUGAUACGCAAUAUCAAAAUCCUGAUGAGGAAGAUAUUGAAGCUCUUUGCAAGCUAAUGAGCACAAUUGGGAAGAUGAUUGACCACCCUAAAGCCAAGGAACAUAUGGAUGCAUAUUUUGAAGUGAUGAUGGCAUUAUCUAACAACAUGAAGCUAUCGUCUAGAGUGAGGUUCAUGUUGAAGGAUGCUAUUGAUCUGAGAAAGAACAAAUGGCAACAAAGAAGAAAAGUCGAGGGACCAAAAAAGAUUGAGGAAGUGCACAGAGAUGCAGCUCAAGAACGGCAAGCACAGGCCAGUAGGCUCACUCGUGGUUCAGGCAUUAAUUCCUCUGUAAGAAGAGGGCAGUUAAUGGAUCCUGGUAUGAGAGGUUCAAAUGUGUCAUCUUCUCCAAAUUCCCAGAUGAGUGGCUUCCGUGGGAUGGCAACACCUGUCCGCGGGUUUGGUGCUCAAGAUGUUCGAUUUGAGGAGAGACCUACUUAUGAGAGGACAUUGCCUCAAAGGCCGCUUGAUGAUGAUUCUAUUACUCUUGGUCCCCAAGGUGGUCUUGCUAGGGGAAUGUCUAUCAGAGGGCAGCCAUUGGUUUCGACUAUUCUUGUGGCUGAUAUUUCCCCCAGCACUGGAGAGACUAGGAGAAUGACAACUGGCCCAAAUGGUUACAAUUCUGUAUCUGAGUGGACAUCUUAUAACUCGAGAGAGGACCUCAUGCCAAGAUACGGUGCAGAAAGGUUGAUGGGCCCACCUUCUUAUGACCAAUCAAAUUCGCAAGAACGAAAUUCCUAUUUUGGGAACCGGGAUUUAAGGAAUGUGGAUCGCUCUUUUGAUAGAUCCAUGGUAAACUCACCUGCCACACGCAUGCAGGGAUCUUCUGUGGCACAUAAUGCUUCAUCAGAAAAAGUUUGGCCUGAAGAGCGGCUGCGGGAGAUGUCAAUAUCAGCGAUUAGAGAAUACUACAGUGCCAAAGAUGAGAAAGAGGUUGAUUUAUGUAUCAAAGAUUUGAAUUCUCCGAGCUUCCACCCGUCUAUGAUAUCUAUCUGGGUCACAGACUCUUUUGAGAGAAAGGAUAUGGAGAGGGAUUCUUUGGCUAGGCUUCUUGUCAAUCUUACCAAGUCUGAUAGCUCGUUAAAUCAAGUACAGCUCCUUGAAGGGUUUGAAUCAGUUCUUGCUACUUUGGAGGAUGCUGUAACUGAUGCCCCUAAAGCAGCUGAGUUUUUUGGCCGUAUCCUUGCUAAAGCCAUUGUUGAAAAUGUUGUUUCUUUGAGGGAGAUUGGUCGACUAAUACAUGAGGGUGGGGAAGAACCAGGACGUCUACUGCAAAUUGGUCUUGCAUCGGAAGUUCUUGGCAGCAUACUUGAGUGCAUUAGAUUAGAGAAAGGAGAAUCUUUCCUGAAUGAGAUUCGCACAAACUCCAAUCUGCGGUUGGAGGAUUUUAGACCCCCAGAUGCAAUCGGAUCAAGGAGGCUUGAUGCGUUUAUUUAGAGGAAAGUGGUGUUGCUCAUUUUACCUGGUAGAAGAAAAUUCUUGUCCAGGGCCUUGUGGUUACAUAAUUCGGCGGAGAAGUUUCUUUGGGAUUUGGGGGGUUGUGGUGGUUCCCUCCUGAAUCUGGGUAAUCAUCUACCGUGAAAUUGUCAUUAUCAUCAUUAUUGUUAUUAUAAUUAUUUCUUCAAUGGUUGCCAAGGUUCUAAUGAGCAUCUUGUUUAGGUUCUUCAAA